ACUUCACCACUUGAACACACCAAGCAACUCAAAUACAAAUACAUACAUUGCAAUUUGUUUUUUGUGUUUUCCUUUAAACUAAGCAAAUGGCUAGCGUGAAGUUUGUGUGUGCUCUUGUGGUGUUGAGCAUGGUGGUAGCACCCAUGGCGGAGGCUGCUAUCACGUGUGGAGCGAUUGCGAGCGCCCUGAUUCCUUGCACCGCGUACAUUCAGGGCGGUGCUGGUCCAUCUCCACCGUGCUGUGCCGGAGUGAGGAGGGUCAACUCCGCUGCAAGCUCCACCGCUGACCGCAGGGCCGCUUGCAACUGCUUGAAGUCCGCCGCUGGCUCUUUCCCUCGUUUCAAUGCUGGUAAUGCUGCUUCCCUCCCCGGUAAGUGCGGUGUCAACAUCCCAUACAAGAUCAGCACCUCCACCAACUGCGCUAACAUCAAGUGAUUCUGAAGUACUAUGUGGAAGUGGUGAAGAAACGGAUAGCAUGCGGAAGAAUUUACCUAAAGAGAAUAAAAGAGGGUGACGAGGGCUCCACUUAUGCGAGACUCCUCUUGUUUCAGCCCUUUGUUUCAUAGUUAUUUCUGAGUUUUAUUUAUGGUGUUCGUGUACGAUGACAUUUGUCUCAGCUGUUUCAUGUAUGAAUGUCAUUUCUAGUUCUAAUUUCCCCAGUUGCUAUUGUAUUAUUUCAUAUUCUCUGAAUUAAAUUCAUACCACUACGUUUUCUUAUAA